AGAAAUCAACCCCGCGAGUGUACCUACGUAGUGCACACCUACAGGAAGCAUGGCGUGAUUUAGGAUUGGACCGGUGGAGCAGUUUCCGUGCGCUUGGGCGAAGAUGGCGCAAGCACUAUCAGAAGAGGAGUUUCACCGUAUGCAGGCUCAGCUUCUGGAGCUGCGAACGCAGAACUACCAGCUCUCCGAUGACCUGCGAAAGAACACUGCAGAGCUGAACAAUGUCCGCCAGAAGACCUUGACCUUGGAGAAAGAUUACCUCAAAGCACAGAAGGCACUUAAUAAGAGCAAGAAAGCUCAGGAAGUGGAUGCGUUGCUGAGUGAAAAUGAGAUGCUUCAGGGAAAACUGCACAGCCAGGAGGAAGAUUUCAGGCUGCAGAACAGCACCCUCAUGCAAGAGCUGUCCAAGUUAUGUUCCCAGAUUGAGCAGCUGGAGGCUGAGAAUAAAAGUUUCCGUGAGGGGAGGGGCCUCCAAGCUCACGCCCCGAGCCCUGUAUCCGGCCCAACGGAUGGAGAGCUUCUGCGUCUACAGGCUGAAAACUCCGCCCUGCAAAAGAAACUGGCAGCUCUUCAGGACAGCGAGCAGAACCGUAUGCGUGGAGUGGACGUAGGAGAUGGGAAAGAGGGACAAGCUGACGCCAAUGGCCUCGACCAGCUGCACACAGAUGCUGCUCGUACCGGUGAUGGCGCUGCAGCUGCUUCAGCCAAUGACAGACUGGAUCAGGGGGCAGGUGUCAGUCUGGAGCAAAGAGUAAACGAGCUAAGCGGGGUGGAGCUGAAGCUUCAGACUGAGAUGGAGGAGAAACGAUUACUGAAAGAGCAACUACAGGCCCUGGAGGCAUCCAAACAAGCUGAACUCACAAAACUUCAAGAAGAGAACGCUAAGCUCUCUGACAAGUUGAAGAAAAAGCAGGAGAGCUUCCUGCAGCUCCAGGGGGAAAAAGAGGCUCUCUACCAUGACAGCAGGACAAAAAUAGACGAGAUUCAGCAGCGUAAAGAGGACGAGCUGAAAUCCAUCAACCUGCGUGUGCAGAAACUGCAGUCCGAUUUAAUGAACGCUAACCAGAAUGUUGCUGAGCUAAAGGAGCAGUUGCAGAGCAAGCAAAAAGAGCAUGAGAUGGCCCUCCAUGCACUCAAAGAUCAGCUGCAGGUAGCGUGUCAGAGCGCGGUCAGUCAGGAGCAGGUGGAGGGCAUGCUGACUGAGAACGAGGCUCUCAGGACUAACCUAGCUGCCCUAGAACAGAUCCAGACAGUGAAGACUCAGGAGCUGAAUCUCCUCAGGGAGCAGAACAUGGCGUUGAAUGUGGAGCUGCAGCAGAGACGCAGUGAGCAGGAGAGCUUACUGGCACAGAGAGAUGACCUCAGCUCUCAGCUACAGGAGUCAAACCGAGCCAGUGGUAGACUUUUGGAGCAGAUCUCUGAGCUGGGUUUGGAGAAGGAUAAACUACAGCAAGAUCUAGAGGAAGCCAGAAAGACAGCAGACAAGCGCAAAGCCAUGCUGGACGAGCUGGCCAUCGAGAUGGCGCAGGAGAAGUCCAGACACAAAGAGGAGGUCAGCGACGUGCGACUCCAACACGAGAAAGAGGUGCUGGGCAUCCGGGCGCGCUACGAGAGAGAGCUCCGGGGCCUUCACGAAGAGAAGAGCCGUACGGAGGAGGAGAUCCGUGCCCAGCUUCGAGAGGAGAAGGCUCGCACUAAAGAGCUGGAGGGUCUGCAGCAGAGUUUGGAAGAGCUGCAGGCUCAAAUGCAGGCCAUGGAGGGAGCCAAGGGAUGGUUUGAGCGCAGUCUCAAAGAGGCUGAGGAGACUGUAGAGAAGAACAGACUGGAACACAGAGAGGAGAUCGAGAGACUGCAGAGAGAACAAGCCCUCCAGCUUGAGGAGAAAUCGAAAGAGAUGGAGGCCGUGAAACAGCAGAUCAGCACCAUGGACAAGGAGAGAGAGGAGCUCAAUAACACCAUCGCUAAACUCAAACAGGAGAUUAGAGACACUGUAGAUGAACAGCGGAUUCUGGAGAAGAAAGGCAGUUCAGCGCUGAAAGACUUGAAGCGGCAGCUCCAUCUGGAGCGCAAAAGAGCCGACAAGUUGCAGGAAAGGCUACAGGAAAUCCUGACCAACUCCAAGACCAGGACAGGUCUGGAGGAGCUGGUGUUGUCCGAAAUCAGUUCUCCGUGUCGGACGCAGCAGACCGGAGACAGCAGCAGCGUCUCUUCCUUCAGCUACAGAGAGAUGAUGAAGGAAGGAGCAUCGGCGCCGGCCACCAAUAAGUCCAACACUAGCAGUCCUCAAUCCCAAAGACCAGCCGAUCUUUCCGACGACGAGGUCAACGAACUCUUCCAGAGGCUGGCCGAGGUGCAGCAGGAAAAAUGGCUGCUGGAGGAGAAGGUGAAACACUUGGAGGUCAGCUGCUCCUCUAUGGCCGAUGACAUCUGCAAGAAGAGUGCCAUCAUAGAGACUUACGUCAUGGACAGCAGGCGAGACGGAGGGGGAGCCGCAUCUCACGGCGCUCACCAAGGAGAGAGAGGUGGUCUGAGUUCGGUGCUCCGGGAUCUGGUCAAGCCUGGAGACGAGAACCUGCGGGAGAUGAACAAGAAGCUGCAGAACAUGCUGGAGGAACAACUCACCAAAAACAUGCAUCUACAGAAGGAUCUGGAGAUGUUAUCUCAGGAGAUUGUGCGUUUGAGUAAAGGCACCGAUCCUGCACAGGAUCCCAAGGCCACGGGCUAACAUAAAUAAAACACACACACACAAAAAAAAAAGAACAUGCCGCGCCUCUCAGUCUGACAGGCCAAGGCUACAGAGAGAUGCUGCACCUUCAUACCACACGGACUGGAUCGAACCUCACGUCCACACAGAGGAGGAACGAGCGCGUGAUCCCUUGCGAGUCCUCAACUGCUGAAUGUACUUAACACUCUAACACUUUGCGUGUCGUUUUAUUUUUGUCUCUGACGCUACAAAGAGCGGGACGGUAUCUUCCUUGCUGACCCAGAAUGCUUUGCGUCCACGAACUGUGCCGAACCGGGCUUCAUCCCAAACCUCCUCCUCCUCCUCAUACCCCAUGUGAUUGUCUGUUCUGAGGAGCUCCUGUUUCCUCGUUGUGUCACGUGUGUAAAUAUGAAAAUAGGAACAAUAAAAUUAGUAAUAUAUUAGUUCCAGACAAUUAUAGGAUGUAUAGUAAUAGCUGGUAAGACGCGAGUGUCGCGAGGAGAGUCGUGCUGCUCGUUAAUGUCGGCUAGGUUCAUUAUGUCUGCUGUUCAUUACGGCAACAAAUUAAAGUGUUUUCGGAGACGCACGUAAUUGGGCUGAUAAUUGUCAGAGCGUUUUGCACGUCAGCUCGGGGCGCUGCUAUGAAGUAAAUCGACCCCAGAGCCCCACAGCCUCCCCUCGUUAACCGACCGCCUCUCUGCUUCUCUGCCUCGACCGCCUGCUUUGUCGUUUCAGCCGUAUUCCUUAGUCUAGCAGAGAGAGUCGUCUCGUGUCAUUCCACUUAAACAUAUCAAAGCUUUUGAAUAGUAAAGAAGAGGCGAAGAUGGAGACGGUUAUUCGGACACUACAGCUCGAGCCGAGCUCAAUACGAUUAUAUAUAAUUCAGACGGAGAUCCUCUCCUGUAAACAUCCGUGUCUUGCUGUGUGUCUAAAAGCUUUGCACAUGGUCUUCAGUAACCAGUGUCCUUUCCUCAUUCUGUAUAAACCUUGUGAACUCUUUUCUUAAUCACCGAUACAACGACCAAAACGCUACGAGGUCGUUCCUCUUGGGGCAAGGAAAGGAAAACUCCCGAACGUUUCGGCUUGAUCUCCGUCCACCGCGUCUGUGGCACUGAACGGAAACGUCACCCGUUUACUCAAAACUCACUCGCUUCUCAUACUGACCUGGAGAUCCAGUGAACUAGCCCGAGAGCGUCGGGGCAAAUGAAAACGUGCGUGUGACGUAAAUGAUAGAAUCAGUAUAUUUAAAUCCAAAUGUAAUUCUCAAUAGCCACUUAAAGCUGAUCCACUUACACCUGUGACUGUGAGCAGGAGAAUAGAGUGACCGCAUCGAGGGCUUAAAUGAAGCGAUCGGGGUGUGAUCCGCUUAUACAAACGUUUCAAAUGAACAUCAGCACGAUUUUUGGAUGAGUAAUUAAUUAAUUAAUAAAUAAAUAAAUAAGUAAGUAAGACUGAAGCUGCUUGGCUACUGUGAAUGCAGAGCUGCUUUGCCCAGCCUAGAGAUUUGUCCACUGUCCUGUCACAGUCCAGCUGUUGUGCUCAAUCAAUAGACAUUUCAAAAUACACAAUGAUAUUGUGAAAACUUCAUUACAAUCCUCGGUCUUAAUUGGGAAGAAGCAAACAUGAGAAAGUCUUAACCAAGCUGUAGGUUUCUCCCCCCCAAGAUUUACGUCCUUGCUUCUCAGUAAACAGUCGGUCACUGAAGCGAUUGUUUUCUAUUUCCGAAUAAAGAUCAACUUACUCAGACUUUUAUAUUUCAUUUCUAAACGCACUGAUCGAACAGUUCCAACGCUCUCUGACUUCCUGUACGAGUGAGAUUUCAGUAAACCGAUCGUUUUCUUUCCUCAGACUCUGUGUUACAGAUGCGAUAGACGGAGAUUAAGACGGAAAGCACGAGAGCAUUCCUAUGACUUUCUAGUGAAUAAAGUGGAGAUAUGGUGUGUGUCGUUUCUUUGCGGUAAAUCUGGUAGUGUUACUGUAUGCCUGAGAUGGAUUUAUUCACUCGGUUGGUCAAGCAAUCACUAAUAUCUAAUGUAUUUAAUAUGGGGUGCUUGUAAAAACUAAAAAAAAAUGGCAGGCGUAAUUUACUUUUAUUCCUUCAUUUGAUUUGUUAUUGUUUAUAUACAUUUGCAUGUUGUGUAAUGUUUUAAAUUUCUUCCUCGGACACUACGUGAAAACGUUUUUUACGGUGAACGGUGAAAUGACCAGCAACGGUCGCUGCGAGGACCUUCACCUUGAACAUACUGAUUUAAUAAUAUUAUUAUUAUUAUUAUUAUUAUUAUUAUUAUUAUUAUUAUUUGCAUUAUCUUAAUGAAAAGUGCUUCAGAUUUUUCUCGGACUUUUCCAUUUUUUUAUGAUGAAUAUCUGUCCCAUUCAGCUCAACAGCCACAUCACUGCUAAUUAGGAACCUGAAGCAGAAGCAGUUACUCAGUCAGAAUUUCCCCCUCAGACCUUCGUGUUAUUUAUUCAUCCAUGUUUGUCAGCUGUCAUGUUCGGUGAAGAGCCUGAUUUCUUGACGUCUUGCAGCGUUUAAUAAAGAAUGGCCGCAAACGAAA